AUGGCAAAUCUCUCUUCUGAUCUUCAGACAUACACAAUGGAUGAUCCCAUAACUCAACUAGCAGAACUGAACAACACUCUUCAUCAAUUCCAAACUAUGUUUGCUCCUCCUUUGUCUUCUUCUCUCGACCCUCUUUUCUUUCAUCAGCAUCAUCAGCAAUUCCCGGAUCAUCAUUUUCCCGGAAAAGUUCCUGAGAAUAAUUUUCAUCAAGGAAUUUUUCUCCCUUCUAAUAUUCACAUCAACGACGAGUCUACUUCAAGAGUCGAUACCAAGAAGAGAAAAACAUUAAUGGCGUCUUUGUCUACGUCGGAGAACAGUGUCUCUGAUCAAACUCUAUCUGAUUCUUCUGCUCAAGUUUCCAUAAAUGGAAAUAUUUUGUCCAAAAAUAGUUCUUCAAGGAGAUGCCCGAGAGGGAAGAGGACGAAGAGUAGAGAAGAAGAGACCGAGAGAGAAGUUGUUCAUGUUAGAGCCAAAAGAGGCCAAGCCACUGAUAGCCACAGCUUAGCAGAGCGGGUUCGGCGAGGGAAAAUAAACGAUAGGUUGAGAUGCUUGCAAGAUAUAGUCCCCGGAUGUUAUAAGGCAAUGGGAAUGGCUACGAUGCUGGACGAGAUCAUUAAUUACGUCCAGUCUUUACAAAAUCAAGUCGAGUUUUUAUCAAUGAAGCUUACAGCAGCAAGUUCGUAUUACGACUUUAACUCAGAGGAUGAUGCUGUUGAUACCAUGCAGAGGGCAAAAGCACGUGAGGCAGUGGAGAUGGGGCAAGGGAGGGAUGGGAGUCCUGUCUUCCAUUCAUCAUCAUGGACCCUUUGA